AUGCGGCUGCCUUCAGGCGCCAGCUCAAACAAGACCAAAAUCUCGUCACCGCUCGUUCAAGGCUCCCUCAACUCAAGCGACAGUGAGCCCAUAGAUAUCUCAAGCGGUAGCGCGCCGCGCACUUCAAGCGAUGGGUUCACACUCAGCGUCACUUCUGCGCAUGAUAGCUUGCCACUGCGCAGCUAUUCUGGUACGAGCUAUGACUUGAAUCCGCACGCAGUUGCUGCGUUUCACCCACACACAGUCGGCAGCUAUGCGCGCCGUUCAUCUUUCAAUAAAUCCGCUGGACCGUUCGUUGGGAGCUAUGAAGAGUCAAUCUUGUCUGGUCGCAUGUCGCAGCAACCUUCAAAACCGCUGCAAUUUACGGCAUCGAUUGGCGUGCUUGGCAGAGGGGACUGUAAACCCUCUUUACGCUGUCCGCCGCAUUUGACGGUCCCCUUCCCAGCCUAUUUUUACAGCGACAUGUCGCCGUAUGUUGGGCAGAUUGAUCUUGAUGUCGAUCAAGAUGGCAAGAAGCAACGCGGCUAUCGGAUACCGGCAGCUGGACAACUCCAAGUCAUCAUACGCAACCCAAACAAGACGGCCGUCAAGCUCUUUCUCAUUCCUUAUGACCUCUCGGAUAUGCCACCGUUAUCCAAGACUUUCUUCCGCCAAAAACACUAUGACUGCCAGCAAGGCUCUCAGAAGUUGCGAUAUGCUAUUCAUGUACAAAUCUGCUGUACCGCAGAAGGUCGCCUCUUCGUUCACAAGACACAGCGCGUUGUCUUUGCGAAUCGUGUUCCGGACGGCAAGGAGAAGCUACACGUCGCCUUUCAUGAGCCAACCGAGCAGAAAUACACAGCUUGGGUUCCCGAGAAGCGCUCAAGUCGACAGCAUAAGCGACCAGAUCGCCACCAGCCAGCUUUCAUCGGAGGCUCCUUGCUCGAUACAGAAGAGGGUAAGUUGUCGCCGUUGUUGGGAGCUUCGUCGCCACCGGGUCUAUUACCACAACAUAUGGCAGCGUUACGAUUGUCGCCUUUGCUGCAAUCACGCAAGACGCCACCGAGUAGCAGUUUACGACAGCCAUCGCAUCUCUCACUGCUUGCACAAACCUAUGAGCCUCAAGCACAGGAAGGAGAAGCACACGAUACCAAGAAGCAUCUUCUUUCACCUUCGCCACUAUAG